AUGGGAGACCACGAGAAUGACCCCGGAUGGCAAUACCUCCGCCGCUCUCGUGAGCAAAUUCUGGAGGACCAGGCCAAGCCUUACGACUCCAAGAAGAACUGCUGGAUUCCCGAUGAGGAGGAAGGAUAUGUGGAGGGCAUCAUCCUCAAGACCGACGGAGACAACGUCCGUGUCGAGAUCAGCCGUGGAAAUGAGAAGACCUUCAAGAAGGACCAGAUCCAGGAGAUGAACCCCCCGAAAUUCGAGAAGACCGAGGACAUGUCCAACCUGACCUUCUUGAACGACGCCUCCGUGCUGAGCAAUCUCCGUGCCCGUUACGCUUGCAUGCUGAUCUACACCUACUCCGGACUUUUCUGCGUGGUGAUCAACCCCUACAAGCGAUUGCCCAUCUACACCGACUCGGUGGCCCGCAUGUUCAUGAACAAGCGCCGUACCGAAAUGCCGCCCCAUCUUUUCGCCGUUUCCGAUGAGGCCUACCGUAACAUGCUGCAGAACCACGAGAACCAGUCCAUGUUGAUCACUGGUGAAUCCGGUGCCGGAAAGACCGAGAACACCAAGAAGGUUAUUGCCUAUUUCGCGGCUGUGGGCGCAGCUCAACAAGAGACCUUCGGAGCCCGGACAGAGGUUGACCCUAACCAGAAGCAGGUCACUCUUGAGGACCAGAUUGUCCAGACCAACCCCGUCUUGGAAGCCUUCGGUAACGCCAAGACUGUCCGAAACAACAACUCUUCUCGUUUCGGAAAGUUCAUCCGUAUCCACUUCUCCAAGCAGGGACGUGUCGCUUCUUGCGACAUUGAACAUUACCUCCUCGAGAAGUCUCGUGUCAUCCGACAGGCCCCUGGAGAGCGUUGCUACCACAUCUUCUACCAGGUCUUCUCUGGCUUCAACCCGACCCUCAUCAAGGACUUGCUUCUUGACAAACCCACCAAGGAUUACUGGUUCAUUGCCCAGGCCGAGUUGAAGAUCGAUGGUGUUAACGACAAGGAGGAGCACCAGCUGACUGAUGAGGCCUUUGACAUCCUCAACUUCAGCGCCCGUGAAAAGUCGGAGGUGUACCGCCUUGUGUCUGCCAUCAUGCACAUGGGUAACAUGAAAUUCAAGCAACGCCCGCGUGAAGAACAGGCCGAAACUGAUGGAACUGAUGAGGCUGAGAAGGCUGCCAAGAUGUACGGUAUUGACUGGGAAGAAUUCCUGAAGGCUCUGACCCGUCCUCGUGUCAAGGUCGGAAAUGAAUGGGUGAACAAGGGACAGAACGUCGACCAAGUCAACUGGGCCGUCGGUGCCAUGGCUAAGGGUCUCUAUGCCCGUAUCUUCGGAUGGCUCGUCAAGAAGUGCAACCAGACCCUUGACCAACAGGGUAUCUCCCGUGAUCACUUCAUCGGUGUGCUCGACAUUGCUGGCUUCGAAAUCUUCGACUUCAACUCCUUCGAGCAGCUCUGGAUCAACUUUGUCAACGAGAGGCUCCAGCAGUUCUUCAACCACCACAUGUUCGUGCUCGAGCAGGAGGAGUAUGCCCGCGAGGGUAUCCAAUGGACCUUCAUCGAUUUCGGACUCGAUCUCCAGGCUUGCAUUGAGCUGAUUGAGAAGCCUAUGGGUAUCCUGUCCAUGCUUGAUGAGGAAUGCAUCGUCCCCAAGGCCACCGACUUGACCCUUGCCCAGAAGCUGAACGAGCAGCACUUGGGCAAGCACCCCAACUUCGAGAAGCCCAAGCCGCCAAAGGGAAAGCAGGCCGAGGCCCACUUUGCCAUGAGGCAUUACGCCGGAACUGUCCGUUACAAUGUGAUGAACUGGCUGGAGAAGAACAAGGACCCCCUCAACGAUACCCUGGUCCAGUGCAUGAAGGUCUCCAAGGAAAACGAGCUUCUCGUCGAGGUGUGGCAAGAUUACACCACUCAGGAGGAUGCUGCCGCUCUCCAGGCUAAGGGAGGUGCCGCUGGUGGCAAGAAGAAGGGUAAGGCCGGAUCAUUCAUGACUGUCUCUAUGUUGUACCGUGAGUCGCUGCUCAAGCUGAUGACCAUGUUGCACUCGACCCACCCUCACUUCAUCCGUUGCAUCAUCCCCAACGAGAAGAAGCAGUCUGGCAUGAUCGACGCCGCCCUGGUGCUCAACCAGCUUACCUGCAACGGUGUGCUUGAAGGCAUCCGUAUUUGCAGGAAGGGAUUCCCCAACAGAACCCAGCACCCCGACUUCGUCCAGCGAUACGCUCUCCUUGCCGCCGAUGAGGCCAAGUCCUCCGAAGACCCGAAGACUUCCGCGGCUGCUAUGCUUGCCCGCAUUGUCAAGGAGAAGAAGCUGACUGACGAGAACUUCCGUGUCGGUCUCACGAAGGUCUUCUUCAAGGCCGGUAUUGUUGCCCACCUUGAAGACCUGCGUGAUCAGCGCCUCUUCGAGCUCAUCGGUGGUCUCCAGGCCCAGAUCCGUGGAUACUACAGCCAGAUCGAGAUCAAGCAGCGUCGCAUCCGCUAUGAAGCCCUUGCCAUGCUCCAGCGCAACGUGCGCAACUGGAUCCAACUCCGCACCUGGGAAUGGUUCCGUCUCCUCGGAAAGGUCAAGCCGCUCGCCAAGAUGGGCCAGAUCCAAGAACAGAUUGACAACAUGGCCACCGCUUGCGAGACCAUGGCCCAACAGCUCAAGGAUGAUAUCGAGACCAAGGACAGGAUGAAGGAAGAUGGUGUCCGUGUCCAGAAGGAGACCCAAGAACUCCUGGCGCAGCUUGAGAGCACCAAGGGCCAGAACAAGGAGGUCGAGGCUCGGAUUGAGCAGCUGACCGACAUGAAGGUCACUCUUGAGAACAAGCUCGGAGACGCUACCCGCCGUCUUGAGGGAGAAGAACAGGUUGCCCAGGAACUCCUCAAGCACAAGAAGAACAUCGAAGGACACUGUGCCGAGCUCAAGAAGAACCAGCAGGACCUUGACCUGACCCUCCGCAAAUCCGAGGCCGAGAAGCAGAACAAGGAACACCAGAUCCGCGCCCUUCAAGAUGAAAUGCGCCAGCAGGAUGAGAACAUCAGCAAGCUGAACAAGGAGCGCAAGCACCAGGAAGAGAUCAACCGCAAGCUGAAUGAGGAUCUCCAGGCCGCCGAGGAGCAGAACCUUGCCGCCAACAAGCUGAAGCAGAAGCUCCUCUCGACCAUCGAGGAUGCCGAGCAGAGCCUUGACCGUGAGAAGCGCAACCGUGCUGAUAUGGACAAGGCCAAGAGGAAGGCUGAGGGCGAGCAGAAGAUUGCUCAAGAGGAAUUGGAUGAGCUGAACAAGCAGAAGUCCGACAUCGAGAACAGCCUUCGCCGCAAGGAAAAUGAGCUGCACUCUCUUGGAAUGAAGCUCGAGGAUGAGCAAAACAAUGUUGCCAAGCUCCAGAAGUCGAUCAAGGAUGAUGAGGCCAAGAUGAACGAUGUUCAAGACCAGCUUGGAGAGGAGAAGGAGUCGCGCCAGAAGGCCGAUCGCUCUCGUCUUGAGCUCCAGCAGGAAUAUGACAACAUCCUGGAUGCUCUUGAGGAUCAGCGCUCUGCUGUUGGAUCCCAGAUUGAAGCCGGAAAGAAGAAGGACGCCGAGCUCGCCAAGCUCCGUCGUGACUUCGAAGAAGCCGGCCUCAAGUUCGGAGAGCAGCUGACUGCUCUCAAGAAGAAGGGAACUGAUGCCGUACAGGAGCUGACUGACCAGAUUGAACAGCUCAACAAGGUCAAGCAACGCACCGAGAAGGAAAAGAACGCCAUCCAACGCGAGUACGAUGAGAGCUCGUCGCAGCUUGAUCAAAUCGCCAAGGAGCGUGUUGAGCACGAGCGUGUCGCCAAGAACCACGAGGUGCGACUCCUCGAGCUUAAGCUCAAGGCCGACGAGCAGAGCCGUCAACUCAAGGACCUCGGAUCAUCCAAGGGACGUCUCAACCACGAGAACUCCGACUUGGCCCGCCAGGUCGAGGAGCUAGAGUCGAAGAUCCAGAUCACCAACAAGCUGCGUCUGCAGUUCUCCGCCCAGCUCGAUGAGGCCAAGCGCUUCGGCGAGGAGGAGUCCCGUGAGCGUCAGAACUUCUCAUCUCUGUGCCGCAAUCUGCAGCGCGAGCUUGAGCAGCUUAAGGUUGCCGUUGAGGAUGAGGUCGCGGCUAAGGGUGAAGCCGCCCGCCAGCUCCAGAAGUCCCAGGUCGAAUUGGAGGCAUGGAAGACCAAGUUCGAAUCGGAGGGCUUGAUUGGAGCCGACGAGUUCGACGAGGUCAAGAAGCGCCAGAACAGCAAGGCUUUCGAACUCCAGGACCAACUCGAUGCCUGCAACGCCAAGAUCGUCGCUCUCGAGAACGCCCGUGGCCGUCUUUCUGCCGAGGCCGAGUCGAACCGCAUCGAGGCUGAACACCACGGACAAGCUGUUGCCUCCUUGGAGAAGAAGCAGAAGGCCUUCGAUCGCGUUAUUGACGAAUGGAAGCGCAAGGUUGAUGACCUGUACAGCGAGCUCGACUGUGCCCAGCGUGACGCCCGUACCCUGUCUGCUGAGUCUCACAAGCUCCGUGGAGGACAUGAUGCCCUUUUGGACCAGACUGAGGGUCUUCGCCGUGAGAACAAGUCGCUCUCCGAUGAAGUUCGCGAGCUGACCGACUCUCUUGGCGAGGGUGGACGCAACAUCCACGCCCUGCAGAAGAACCUCCGCCGCUUGGAGGUUGAGAAGGAUGAGCUCCAGCGUGCUUUGGAUGAGGCCGAGGCUGCCCUUGAGUCUGAGGAGGCCAAGUCCAUUAGGUGCUCUGUCGAGGUUGCCCAGAUCCGUGCCGAGAUUGAGAAGCGCUUGUGCGAGAAGGAAGAAGAAUUUGAAAACACCCGCAAGGUUCACCAGCAGAACAUCGAAUCUAUCCAGGCCACCCUGGACUCGGAAUCCAAGGCCAAGGGAGACCUGCUGCGCAUCAAGAAGAAGCUCGAAUCCGACAUUAAUGAGUUGGAGAUCGCUCUCGACCAUGCGAACAAAGCGAACGAAGACGCCCAGAAGAACCUUAAGCGUUACAACGACCAGAUUAGGGAACUCCAGGUUACCGUGGACGAUGAACAGAAGAGGAAGGAACUGUUCCGCGAGAACCUGGCUGUCGCCGAGAGGAAGUUGGCUGCCGCCAAGCAAGAACAGGAGGAGCUGAUCGUCAAGCUCGAAGCCAUUGAACGUACUCGUCGCCAGAUCGAGGGAACCGUCCACGAACAACAGGAACUGAACAACGAAUUGAACUCGCAGAACGUCGUCCUGACGGCUGCCCGAAACCAAUUGGAAAGCGAGUACACCCUGCUCAAGUCCGACAUCUCGGAGGCCCAGCAGGAGCUCGCCGCUUCGGAGGAGCGUGGCCGCCGUGCCGCCGCCGAGGCCGCCAAGCUGUCCGAGGAUCUGCGCCACGAACAGGAAGCCGCAUCGACGCUCGAGCGUCUGCGCAAGAACCUCGAGAACCAGGCCAAGGAUAUGCAAGAACGAGCCGAUGCCGCUGAGGCUGCCGUGAUGAAGGGAGGCACCAAGGCUGUGCAAAAGGCCGAACAGAGGCUGAAGGGACUGCAAGCCGAUUUGGAGAACGAAACGAGGAGGGCUCAGGAGGCUGUCAAGGCUUUCGGACGCGCUGAUAGAAGGGUUCGCGAGCUGGACUUCCAGGUUGCCGAGGACAAGAAGAACUACGACAAGCUGCAGGAGCUGGUUGAAAAGCUAAAUGGCAAGCUGAAGUUGCAGAAGAAGCAGUUGGAUGAGGCUGAGGAACAAGCGAACGGAAACCUACAAAAAUACCGCCAGAUGCAGGUUCAGCUAGAGACGGCCGAAGAGCGCGCCGAUUCCGCCGAAAACACCCUUGUGCGCAUCCGGUCACGAUCCCGCAUCACCGUUGACCGACAA